UCAGUGCAUGGUUACGUUCAUAAUGGGAAGAUGGUACAUAUACCUAACACAUCUUAAUUCUUUUUACUCCUCCUUCACAUCGCUACGGAAGUCUUUCAAAAUUUGUAAACUCAAUUAGAUGCUCAGAAUAUCUGAGAUGUAAUACUGCCCCCUGGUGUCCAGAACUGGAAUGGCACCUUUCCACAAUAUAGAACACUCAAUAGUGUUCGCCAAAGAAAUCUGAGCCCGAAAAUGUAGAUGAAAAUGUGAAUUCCUCUAAGUGACAUAGGUAUUUUGGCUUACUUAUAAACUGCGUAAGUUAAUACAUAUAGAUUUAAAAAGGUAAAACGUGCCGAAUUAAACGAAGAAAAGCAGUGCUCCAGGUGAGGAUCGAACUCACAACCUCGGCAUCGCUCCGCCCGCACUGUUAUAUAAGUACCGCGCGCUAACCGAUUGCGCCACUGGAGCUUCGACCGCACCCUCUGGCAUUUAAAUCCUUCAGUUACUCAUAACCACGUGACCGCUGGACAGCUCUGCAUGGAUUGGCUAUGCAAAUAGAAUCUUCCGGUUGACCAAUAGGAGGAAGAGGAUGACUAGUUCCGGAUUCUCACGCCUCACAGGCCCUUGCUGUAAAAGGGAAAAGUCCUCGGGCCGCCUGGAAUGUGGGGCAGUGGCCUGCCAGAGGACUCGCCUCCUCAUGAAUAUUCAGAAACCAGGGAGGCGGGGUCUUAACCCUUUGUAGGCAGCCCGGCCGGAAAGCGGCCCCUCCCCGCCCCCCCGCGGGGAGGAACAGGAUAUGAGCCCCGGCGUCAAAGGGGGAUGGGAAACCUCGGGCGACCGCCCCCCGCCCCAAAGCUGGGACCCGACUGUUCCGCCCCAGAUGUGGCGCUGCCGUCACCAGGGCCUGGUACCACCCGCCCCGGAGGCUGAGGGAUCGCUCAGACCCAGACGUCCGAGAUUUCUGUAUCGCGUCUUGAGAGACCUCGAAGUCCAGACCCCCGCGUCCGGGCUGAGGGACCUCAGGUGCCCAGCGCCCCCUCCUGGAGCAGGCAUCAGCCCCGCGAGACCCGGGAGCCUGAGCGUCUCGUACCCGGGUCUGAAGAACUCAGGAUCCAGAACCGUAAUUCUCUCAAGAGCAUUUCCCAGAAAUCCGAGUCAAAGACCGUCGGGGUGGAGGAACUUAGGGUCCGGACCUCUAGCGCCUUAAUUAUAGUCUGUUUGGGGCUGCAGCGUCCCCCACUUCAAGGGGACCCAGGAGUUUGGGACGCCGUGCGCGCCCGCCUUGAGGAGAUUUGAUCCCUGAGACUAGAAUUUGGGGAACUCCGGAACCCGUGCCCCUACGGCCCUACCUAGAAAACUCAGGAAUUUGAGUCCCCAGCGCCCCCAUCGGAGUCUGAAGAGUCGAAGCUCCCAGCAUCCCCCACUUAGAACACCAGGAAAUUCGGACUACUGGACCCCAACCCCAGAGACCCGGGAUUCUGGCUCCUGGAGCCUGAGAGCUCGAAGUUCACGCCCCGGGGUCCCGGGGCCCGCGCCUCCCUCCUUGGGGACCGCGAUCGGGCAGACCGGGAACCCGGCUCGGCGCCCGGCGCGGGCGGCUCCCCGGGAGGUUCUUUACUCGUCCCCCUCUUUCUGUCACUUUACCUGUGUGUUCCCCCGCCCCAUUAGUGGCUCCCGGGGGUCCUUCCCUGGAUUUAGACUGGCCUCCUAAUUCCCAGCACCCCUCUGUGAGUCUGGGCGGCAAGAAGGCCUGUGGGUCGUGUACCCGAGAAGGGGACUUUCUGCAGGUGGCAGCCGUGCCUCUCAGCCAUGCCUGAGGGAGCCCGUGGACAGAGCUUGCCCAAGCCCAGCCUCGGGUGUGGCCACAGAGGCGAAGUCUGUGACUGCCCAGCUGUGUGUGGGACUCGGACAGUGCCCACCAUGGCCUCCCCCCGAGGUUCUGGGAGCUCCACAUCCCUGAGCACAGUGGGCUCUGAAGGGGACCCGGCCCCAGGGCCCAGCCCAGCCUCCUCAGCCUCCAGGCCAGAGCCCCUACCAGGGCCCCCUAUCCGCCUGCAUCUGUCACCCGUGGGGAUCCCAGGUUCAGCAAAACCCUCGAGGCUAGAGCGUGUGGCCCGGGAGAUCGUGGAGACAGAGCGGGCCUACGUCCGAGACCUCCGCAGCAUCGUGGAGGACUACCUGGGCCCUCUGCUGGAUGGCGGUGUCCUGGGGCUGAGCAUGGAGCAGGUGGGCACAUUGUUUGCCAACAUCGAGGACAUCUACGAGUUCAGCAGUGAGCUCUUGGAGGACCUGGAGGGCAGCAGCAGCGCCGGGGGCAUCGCUGAAUGCUUUGUGCAGAGGAGCGAGGAUUUUGACAUCUACACGUUAUACUGCAUGAACUAUCCGAGCUCCCUGGCCCUGCUCCGGGAGCUGUCACUGUCCCCACCAGCAGCCCUGUGGCUGCAGGAGCGUCAGGCCCAGCUUCGUCACUCACUGCCCCUGCAGAGCUUCCUGCUGAAACCUGUUCAGCGCAUCCUCAAGUAUCAUCUGCUACUGCAGGAACUAGGCAAGCACUGGGCAGAAGGCCCAGGGGCUGGAGGCCGUGAGAUGGUGGAGGAAGCCAUUGUGUCCAUGACAGCAGUUGCCUGGUACAUCAAUGACAUGAAGCGCAAGCAGGAGCACGCAGCACGCCUCCAGGAGGUGCAGCGGCAGCUGGGAGGUUGGACUGGCCCGGAGCUCAGUGCUUUUGGGGAGCUGGUGCUGGAGGGUGCAUUUCGAGGUGGCGGAGGGGGCGGCCCCCGGCUUCGAGGGGGUGAGCGGCUGCUCUUCCUGUUCUCACGGAUGCUGCUCGUGGCCAAGCGCCGGGGGCCCGAAUACAUGUACAAGGGCCAUAUCUUUUGCUGCAACCUGAGUGUGAGUGAGAGUCCUCGCGACCCUCUAGGGUUCAAGGUGUCCGAUCUGACCAUUCCCAAGCACAGGCACCUGCUUCAGGCCAAGAACCAAGAAGAGAAGAGGCUGUGGGUUCACUGUCUCCAGCGCCUCUUCUUUGAGAACCAUCCUGCCUCCAUCCCAGCCAAGGCAAAACAAGUCCUCCUUGAAAACAGCCUGCACUGUGCUCCGAAAAGUAAGCCUAUCUCAGAGCCCCCGACAUCCCCACUUGGGUCUCCCCAACCUCAAGAUACUAAAAGUUUCACCCCUGGCUGGAGGAACACAGCACCAUCUCCGGGAGCCUCUGGCAGCCGCCGUGGGCGCAGGCAGUCUGAACCGGUGAAGGACUCUUUUGUCAGGUUUCCACACAAUGCUAAGCCUAUAUUCAAGCAUGCUGGCAGUGAAGGGGAGCUCUAUGCCCCCUCGGAAUCACAGCCACCAGUGUCAACUCCUGCACCCCCUGAAGACCUGGAGGAUGCUGGCCCCCCAACGCUGGACCCCUCUGGAACUUCAAUCACUGAAGAAAUCCUGGAACUACUAAACCAGAGAGGCCUUCGGGACCCAGGGCCAGUCACCAAUGAUAUUCCCAAGUUCCCUGGAGACUCCCAGGUGCCAGCUGACAGCGAAACCCUCACAUUCCAAGCCCUGCCCAGCCGAGACUCUUCAGAAGAAGAGGAGGAGGAAGAGCUGGAGAUGGAUGAACGGGAGCCUUCCCCACUCCAUGUCUUAGAAGGGCUUGACAGUUCCAGUGCAGCCGAAAUUCCCGACAUUCCCAACCUCACCAAGAUUCCUGACGUACCAAACCUCCCUGAAAUUUCUGAAGUUCCCCACCUUCCCAGUCUCUCUGACAUUCCUGGUGUUUUUGAAAUGCCCUACCUUCCAGCCAUGCCUGAUGUGCCCAAUAUUCCCUGUCUUUCUGAUUCUCCCUCCCUUCCCUGUGACCCCUGGCUCCCCGGACCUCUGCAGGAGCCAGCUGAGGCACUACCCACCAGGAGGGAACUGUUCCCUGGAAGCAAUGCUGGAAAACUGGGAGAGCCCACUUCAGGAAGCAGGGUUGGGCAGGCUGAGGAGGAAGAAGGGAUAUUCUCAGAUUUCCAGCCCCAGGAUAUCACCCAAGCUCAGGGAUUCCCCAGUGAGCUGGAAUUCCACUCUUGCUCAGAAAUCCGGAGUGCCUGGCAGUCAUUGGAGCAGGGGCAGCUGGCCCGGCCAGGCUUCCCAGAACCACUGCUCAUCCUGGAGGACUCGGAUCUGGGUGGAAACAGUGGGAGUGGGAAGGCAGGAGCCCCACACUCAGAGCGGGCAGCGUCUCGCGUGCGAGAACUGACCCGGCUCUACAGUGAGCGGAUCCAGCAGAUGCAGCGGGCUGAGACACGGGCAUCAGCCAAUGCCCCCCGCCGCAGGCCACGGGUCCUGGCCCAGCCCCAGCCGACCCCCUGCCCACCCCAGGAGCAGGCUGAGCCUGGGCCCCUUCCUGCCUUUGGACACGUGCUGGUGUGUGAGCUGGCCUUCCCGCUGACCUGUGCCCAACAGUCUGUCCCCCUGGGCCCUGCUGCCCGGAUUCAAGCUGCCAUACCCUUAACUAAGCAGAGAGGACACCUGGAUGGCCAGAGUCUAAAUGUUUCAGAUUUGCCUGAGCAAGACCAGCUGGAUAUUCGCAUUUGGGCUCCUGCCUUGCCUGAGCAAGGAGUCCUCCAGAAUGCCCCGGCCCCAGCCACGUCACUCAAGCAAGAAGCCCCUCCAGACACCCAGCUGUCAUCUGUUUCAACUUUGCCUGAUCAAAGCCACCUGGAAAUCCAGAUUCCAUCCGCCACUCCCAUGCCUGAGCAUAGAUGUGACAUGGAUAUACAGCUUCCAUCUAUCACCUGCUCUUCUGACCAAGGGCGCCACGUGGACAUCCAGAUUUCAACCACUCCAGCAAUGCCCAAGCAGAGAGGUUGUUCUGAGCUCAUGGUUUUAGCCGCCACCCCUUUACCCAAGCAAGAAGGCUAUCUAGACAGCCAGAGCCCAAGCAACAUCCCAGGGGCUGAGGAAGUAGGUUCGAGGGAUGACCAGUGCCCUGCCACUGUCUCUGGCCGAGGCUUCAACCCUAUGCUGAGUCGAGGAAGCAGCUUGGACCAUCAGAUCCCAGCUGGCAUCCCUCUGCCCUUGUCACGUGACUCCCCAGACAUUUCUGUUGCAGGCGCCUCGCCUCUGCCUGCAUGUAGAGGGUACCUGGACUGUCAGGUUCCAGCGGGCUCACCUCUGUCUUUGUCUCAAGACCUCUUGGACAUUCAAGUUCCAGCUGCCACUCCUUUGCCCCAGCCGCAAGGCCUCAUGGACAUCCAAGUCCAAGCCCUCCCCUCUUUGCCCAAACAAGGAGACCCCUCAGCCAUCCAGGGCCCCACUGCCACACUACUGCCUCAGGAGCAUGGCCUUACAGACACACAGGCCCCCAGAGUCACACCUGUGUUGGGGCAGCAAGAAUUCCCAAACAUCUGCCUUGCAGCUGCCACUUUACCUGAGCAAGGCAGCCCUCAGGACAUUCAAAGCCUGGUACCCAUGCCAGUUCAGACCACUGGGAUUUUAUCCAAAGCAGGAGGCCCCUCAGCCUCUCUUGUUGCUAGGUCAGAGUCUACAGACUUGACCCCACCCCACAGUCCCCUGCCCCCCACCCAUCAGCUCCUGGGCCCCACUGCAGCUGCCCUCUCAAGAUACCUGGCAGCCUCCUACAUCAGCCAGAGCCUGGCUCGAAGGCAUGGGGCUGGGGGAGAAGCCCCCCUGGCCUCCCGGGCCCCCUGGUCCUCUGCUCCCACGUCCCGGGCACCUUCACCCCCGCUCCAGCCCCAGCCCCCACCACCCCCAGCCAGGCGGCUCAGCUACGCCACCACGGUCAGCAUCCAAGUGGGAGGUGGGGGGCGGCUGCGGCCAGCCAAGGCCCAGGUCAGGUUGAACCACCCUGCUCUCUUGGCCCCCCACCCAGGAGCCUGUGGGCCUCCGCAGGGCCCAGGAGGCUCCUGAUGCCCCCUUUCUGUAGUGAUUCAGGACAUCAGGCUUCCCAAAAAGCAAUGACUUCAACCAGUGCCGCACACUCCCAGAAUUUCACCCAGAAGUCCCGACACAGGUCUAGAGGUGGCUGCAGCCUUCUUGCUCCUCAGACCUGUUUGCACAAAUGGCCCUUCUUGAUUUGAUCCAACAGGGAUGGGGAAGGGGGGGCAUCAUUAAUAUUUUAUUAAGUAAUACAGGAUUCUGUGUUUUCCCCUUCUGAUGUUUGUGGAGGGGGUGAUAGGAUGUGUUGACCACACGAUCACUGGUUCUGAGAAUUGGAAGGAUCUCAAGUGUUUGAGAAUUACUAGAAACUAGACCUACUACAGUUUGAUGUGCAAGGCGCUCAUUAUCAGGAAAUCCAGGUUAAGUCUGUCUCCCAGCUGGGGAUGUGGCUCAGUGGAAGAGCACUUAGCAACAGGUGCAAGGUGCUGGUUUCAUACCCAGUACUGAAAGGCCCUGUAGUCCCAGCACUCAGGAGGCUGAGGCAGGAGGGUCCUUGUGAGUUCAAGGACAGCCUGGGCUACAUAGCAAAACCCUAUCUCAAAAAAUGAAAAGGGGCAGGGGCUUACUCCCAAUAGACUUCUCGGAGUUCAUUUUCUUAGCAACUUAAGGAGUAUCCAGCUUAUGUCCUAUAAUCAUCUAUUCAUGUCACAUGCUCAGCUGUUGCUCCAUCUGUCCUCCCCUCUGGUGUGUAACUCUCCAUCUUCCAAACUACUAUCUUUUGCUUAUCCAACUAUCUCUACCCUUUCAUUCUUCCAUCCUUCCCCCAUGUAACAUUCCAUUCCUCCAUCAGCCCAAACAUCUAACAUUCUACCUGUCCAUCUCCAUCUGGCACCCCCACUCCAUUUGUCUCUGUCCCUCUGUCAGUCACUCAUACACCUCAUUCACCCGUUUCCAGAUCCAUUAGCCCACCCAUCCCUCCUCAUUGGGGUUCUGGGGAAGACAGUUCCAUGCUAACAUUAGGGUGGAUCAGGUUUAGGGCUCUGGUUUCCCUUGGCAGCCCCUCCCCAUCCACAUGAAUAUCCCAAUUCUUGUGCCCACCCCCACACACCACAUCCUUCACCCCCUCCUUUGGGACUGCAACAAUUCCUCAACAUGGUUCCUCCCACAAAAUAACUCCAGUCAUAGACAAAAGGCUUUUAUGGUAGGAUCCUCCUGCCCUCUCCUUCCUGCAUUGGUGGGCUCAGAACUGAGGAUAAUUUAGGCAGUUUAAUAAUAUCAGCUGCUUCUAUCAAACACUUAAUGAGGCAGCACUGUGUCAUGGUGAAUUCAAGCUCCAUCUUUUCUCGGUGUGUGACCUUCCUCUCUGAGCCUGUUAUGUACAAAAUGACAGUGCCUGUUCCCUAGGAAUGGCUCCGGCAUCCAGGGAGUGUACCCUCACUCCCCAGAGGUGCCCAAGUCUCUGGCUCAGCAAGGGCUCCAUCCAAAUCACAGGGACCCCAGGACCUAGCCUCAGCCUAUUGAAUCAGAACCUCCAGAGCAGAGCCUGGGAAUCUGUUAGCAUCUGGCUAAUGGCAAAAAGCUGACAGUACUAGCUGCAUACCAUGAGCAUUCCAGUCAAUUUUCUGUGCGCCUAUCCACUUUGGGUCUUCACAGUAUCCCUGAAGGGCAAGUGAGGGUGUGUUUUCAUUGGUUUUGUUUUGUUUUGGGUCGGUACUGGAAAUCAAAUGCAGACCCUCUAUGCUAGACAAGUGCUCUCACUGAGCUACACCCCCCAGCCCCCUGUGAAGAUGGCUUUUGUAACAGGUGUAGGGAUAAAGAAAGGGAGGCAGGGAGAAAGGGACCUGCCUAGUCCCACAGCUAAGAAAGGGCGAAGAUGGACCAAGCCUUGCAGCCUUGCUCAAGUCUGUGCUCUCAGAUUUGAGUGCCUGUCCAAUACUAGGUGCCCAAGGCCCAUUUCCUUGGCCCCCUGAGCUUGUAGCCUGUUGCUUCCUGGGGCCCAUGGGAUCCUGGCACUCGGCUGAGUUAGGCAGCCAGCAAGGCCUGGCUCAAUAAAUGUUAGCUGGUGGCUUCUA